GGCAGCAGGAAGCGAAUUGCAGUUGCUGCAGUAACUCUGUCGGGGUACAACCCACGUCCCUUGCAAGACCCCGGGGCCUCGGCUGCCGCUGCCGCUGGGGACCCAUAGCCCUGGCUGCAGGCGGGGGAGGAACAUCCCCGCUGUUCCCCGAGAGACUCUCCCAGUGCAGAGACCCCAGCCUGACCCGCUCCCCCCCAUUACUGGGGUCCAGAACCCCGCGUGGAGAGAAGAUGCCGGUGACCUUUGAGGAGGUGGCUGUGUAUUUCACUGAGGGGCAGGGGGUUCUGCUGGAUCCUGGUCAGAUAGCCCUCUACAGGGAUGUCAUGCAGGAGAAUUAUGAGACUGUGACCUCGCUGGGACUCCCCAUUCCCAAACCUGACCUAGUCGCCCGGCUGGAAGCAGGGGAAGAGCCAUGGGUCCCGGAUCUCCAAGCCUCUGAGGAAAGGAAGAUCCCAAGAGACACCCACACAGCAGGUGACAAGACAAAGAGUGAGAAUGAGGAGGAGAAUCCACAGCAGGAAGGUCCUGAGCAAGUGGAAAUGCAGGGGACCAUUUUGAGAUCUGACAGUAAUUUUUCCCGGUGCUUGGAACAGAGAACAGCCUGGAGUAAUUGGCACAGGUCAGAGAGGAAGCUGGGAAACAGCCCAAGAAAGAAAAUGGAUGAAUCCAUUGAAUGUGGGAGAGGAGGCAAUAGUCCCAAGGAAACCACAGCCCAGCAAUCAAAUCACAAAAAAAAGAGAUCCUAUAAAUGCUUGGACUGUGGGAAGAGUUUCAAUUGGCUGUCUGGCUUUAUAAAGCAUGGGAGAAUCCACACAGGAGAGAGACCCUAUGAAUGCUUGAAGUGUAGGAAAACUUUUAGUCAGCACUCAGGCCUUGUUAGCCAUGGGAGAAUCCACACAGGAGAGCGACCCUAUAAAUGCCUUGACUGUGGGAAAAGCUUUAGUCAGCUCUCAGGGCUUAUUUGCCAUAGGAGAAUCCACACGGGAGAGAGGCCAUAUAAAUGUUCUGAUUGUGGGAAAAGCUUCAGUGCACCAUCUGCCCUUAUUGUACAUCAGAGAAUCCACACUGGAGAGAAACCUUAUAAAUGCUUGGAGUGUGGGAAAAGUUUCAGUCAGAGCUCUGGCCUUACUAGCCAUGGGAAAAUCCACACAGGAGAGCAACCAUAUAAAUGCCUUGAGUGUGGGAAAAGUUUCAGUGACAGAUCAGCCCUUCUUAUACAUCAGAAAACACACACGGGAGAGGAAUCUUUAAAAUGCUUGGACUGUGGGAAAAGUUUUAGUCAGCGCUCAAGCCUUAUUAAACAUGGGAGAAUCCACAAGGGAGAGAAACCCUUUACAUGUUUGAACUGUGGGAAAAGUUUCAGUGAGAGCUCAAGCCUUAUUAAGCAUGGGAGAAUCCACACGGGGGAGAAACCUUAUAAAUGCUUAGACUGUGGGAAAAGUUUCAGUCAGAGCUCUGGCCUUAUUAGUCAUGGGAAAAUCCACACAGGAGAGGGACCAUAUAAAUGCCCUGAGUGUGGGAAAAAUUUCAGUGCACCAUCAACCCUUAUUAUACAUCAGAGAGCCCACACAGGGGAGAAACCUUAUAAAUGCUUGGACUGUGGGAAAAGUUUUAGUCGGACCUCAGGCCUUAUUAGCCAUGAAAGAAUCCACACCGGAGAGAAACCCUUUAAAUGCUUGGACUGUGGGAACUGUUUCAGUCAACGCUCAAGCCUUAUUAAACAUGAAAGAAUCCACACAGGAGAGAAACCCUUUAAAUGCUUGGACUGUGGGAACAGUUUCAGACAACGCGCAAGCCUUAUUAUGCAUGGGAGAAUCCACACAGGAGAGAAACCCUUUAAAUGCUUGGACUGUGGGAAAAAUUUUAGUCAGCGCUCAAGCCUUAUUAAGCAUGGGAGAAUCCACACAAGGGAAACCUCAUAAAUGCUUGGAUGAAGGGAAAAGCUUCAGUCCCAGGUCAUAACUUCAUAAACAUCCGAGAACCCAUAUGGGACGGAAUCUAGAAAAGUUUUGACUGUGGAAAAAGUUUCAUUUGAUGAUCAAACCUUGCUUGACAUCAGACAGUCCACAUAAGAGAGAGAACCCAUAAAUGCUUGGAUUGUGGGAAAAACUUCAAUAACUGCAGAAAAAGAUUCAGUCUGAGCUCACACAUUAUUCUCUAUCAGAUAAUUCACAGAAGAGAAGUUGAAUGUGAGGGAAGCUUCAUUUGGUUCUCACAGAACAUCAAGCAUCAGCAAAUCCACACAGAGAAGAGCCUCUCAGAUGUCCUUAGCAUGAAAAAUGCUUAGUUGGAGCUAACACCACAUUGGACAUCAGAGACUCCUCCAUAAAGGAGAGAAAUUCUCUCAGUGCCCUGUCUAGGGCUGGCCAUAGAAAAAACUCUGUUUCGUAAUUCCCACACACAGCAGUGGCAUUUGGCUCCCAAGUUUCCAACUGCUCAUCUCUAGGGGCAGGUUCCAGCAGCAGCUGAUCAGUGACCCUCUGGCUUUGCCUGGUCUAAGCAAACCCAGACAGAGGAGAAGUCCCGAUCAGCCCCUCCUCCCUGCUGCAGCCUGGCUGCUGAACUGAUGGGCCUUCCUGCCUCUUGCUAACCUGCUGGGGGAAGGGAGAGAGAAACUGCUUGUGACACUACACCGCAUAUUUUUCAUAGUAAUAUUAUGAUAUUACUAUGAUAUUAUUAUAGUGUAAUUAUGAUGCAUUUUGUACAAGAGGGGUCAUUGGAAAAGUUCUGAUUUGCUGAAUAUGAGUAUCCUAUUUGCAGACAUGUAUCAUUUUGGUAUCUGAAGUUAUGAAUCAUGAGUAUGGCCUUGUCUACACUGGCACGUUACAGCAUUGAACCUUUCUCGCUCAGGAGUGCGAAAAAACUCCCCCUUUCAGUGCUCUAAAAUGCCAGUGUAGUCACAGCACCAGGGCUGGGAGCUGUGCUCCCAGCGCUGUUAGCUACGCCCCUCAUGGGGGUGGUUUUUUUAGAGUGCUGGAAGAACCGUAGCAGAGCUUUAACACUGCUAGUGUAGACAGAACUUUUGUAUCUUUAUUUCAAAUGUAGUUACACCUGGGUGAUACCCACUAAGCAAGAUGCUUCCAGUCUAGACAGCUGGCUGGGAAGGGCCUAUAUUAGCUAAUGGGCCAUCAGGGGAAACAAUAAGUGUAGGAGAAUCUCAUCCCCCACCUGGUGAGCCUUCCUGAGAAUGCUCCAGACAGCUGAUGAGGAAUGGGUGCUAUGACUCAGCAAGGUAUGCAAGGGCAUGUGACCAAACAAUACUGAUCUCUGUUUUGAGUACCUAUGUGUUUCCACAAACUGGUCUGGGAACCAAGCUUGAAAGAAAGGGUUUCUGCCAUAUGGAACAGCUAUGUAAGGCAGGGAGUGACAUCAUUGGUGGUUGUUCACUCUCCCACUGCUGAAUGCCUGCUGAAAGGAGCUCCAAAAGAAAAUGACUUGGGCUCCCUAUCCCUGUUCCAAGCUGCAAAGCAAGUGCAGCUUGUGCCUUUAGCAUCUGCAAGCCUGCUUGUAUCAUCAGUCAGGAUGAA